UAAAGGUAGGCGCACAUCUGCCGUCAUCGGACGGACGGCACGGAUCGGAAUUUUUUGUGACUGCACACACCAGAUUCGGAGCAACCGCAUUUCUGACAGGUGGUCUUGCCUUCAAGAUAUGCUCAGUUCAUAGCGUAACAUCGUUAAGUGAAGUUCAUCUUCUUGACUAUUCUUUGAAAAUUGUUUAUUGAUUAUCGUGAACAGUUAUGGAUAGUGAGGAAGAAGUUGUAGUAACAAGUUGCUUGCUGGCAGAAGAGGAACAGAAACGGACACGAAAAUGGAAAAUUUGGGUUCACAAAAUAAAUAAGAAAAGAGUGGAUUAUGGAGAGUAUCAUACUUUGUUCCCUGAUUUAGUUGAUGAUGACGUCAAGUUUUUUAAAUACUUUUGUACGACUUACGCUAAGUUUUCAGAACUCCUGAACAUCCUGAGACCACACUUAGUGAAGCAAAAUACUAAAUACCACCAUGCAAUAGAACCUCAACAAAGACUAGCAGUAUGCUUAAGAUUUUUGGCUACUGGGAACUCGUUCCGGUCACUUGCUUUUUCCUACCGGCUGGGUGAGAGUACAGUUCGCAAAAUUGUGUAUUCAACCUGCGACGUUAUAUGGACUGUCCUGAGGCCCGUAGUUAUGCCAACACCUGAUGAACAGUUAUGUAUCUCAUCAGAAGAAGGCUUCCGUGAAAAGUGGAAUUUUCCGAAUGCGGUGGCGGCUCUCGAUGGCAAACAUGUGCAAAUUCAAGCACCUCCACACAGGGGCUCAGAUUUCUUUUGUUACAAAAAAAUGUUCAGCACUGUCCUGCUAGCAUUAGUCGAUGCUAAUUAUAAGUUCUUAGUUACUGAUGUUGGUGCAUUUGGUAAAAACUCUGAUGCUAGCAUUUUCCGAACUUCUUAUUUGAGUAAGGGUUUGGCAGAUGAAAGUUUACACCUUCCUCCACCAAAGCUACCUCCAGGAGGAAAUACUAUCUUACCACAUGUCACUGUUGGGGAUGAAGCUUUCCCAUUAUGCACUUACUUAAUGAGACCUUGCUCACGUGAUGAUGUGCAUCAAAAUGAAGAAAAAAAGAUUUUUAACUAUCGGUUGAGUCGUGCAAGGAAUACAGCAGAGAACACGUUUGGAAUAUUGGCUCGAAAAUUCAGAAUUUUCGAACGCAAGUUGAAUGUUUCCCAUGAACAUUCUGUUACAAUUAUUAUGGCUACAUGUUGUCUACAUAACUUUUUAAGAGAUGACACAUGUCACUGGACUGAAUCUGAUUUGCAAGUUUCUCUUUCCAACGUGGAAGGUUUGAGAAGUCUCAGAAGAAGUGGUGGUACUUCACGUCAAGAUGCUUUAGAAGUAAGGGAAUGUUUCAAACAAUAUUUCAACUCAGAUAUAGGUUCCGUUGAAUGGCAGCAAAGAAGAGUUCAAGCUGGACAGCGCCUGCCUUAAUAUAUUAUUCCUUACUGUAGCCAUACUAUGCUAUAAUACUAAUUAUAUUGUAAUUAAGUACUCUCAUUGUAAAACUGUAUUACCAUUACUCUGUUACUGUAAAGUGUGUUGUAAAAUGUAGUGCAUUUUUAUUAGUUCACUAAUAACAUCCCACUGUAAUGUAAAAUGUACAUGAUUAAAUUGUAGAAGUACUUGUACUUACCGAGGUGGUUCAUUCUCCUUCCAAUCUCUUCCCAAAUGUUGUCCCUUCGUUGCUGGUUAGAAUAGUCAGGGUGUCUCAAAUUGUACAAUUCUUCAUAUUCUUGCACAAUGACAAUUAAUUGAGCUGAAUCCAUUGGAAAAUUCACCAGUUGUAAGCACAUUGAAUGAAAAUGAACUAACAGCUGCUAACGGUGUGAGAGGUGAAAUCCCGAAUACGUUGUCCGCUCCGUACGGCCUAAUCGGAUUGACUGCCCCUCUCGGGAAUACCCGUCGGCAUUGCCGAACUCCGAUACGUACGAUGCGGACAAGUGAGCGCAGGCUCAUUUGACACGAUGUAUGUAAUAAUAAAAUCUGAUCCGUCCGAUCCGUGCCAUCCGUCCAAUGACGACAGGUGUGCGCCUACCUUUAACCGGAACAGUGUGGGAAGCUUGCCAAGGAACACAGGUGAUUAUGCUACCUCAGAAGAUAGAGUUGAGACUGUCUCAGGAUCUUUUUAUGGGUCUCGCUCCGUCAGGGAGGCAGAAGUGUCUAAUGAUACGACACCAUAUGCACUUUGUAGAAGAGAACACUUUAUUCUUUGAAGAAAAGAACAGUUCACACACACAACAAUUCACUAGACAAUGACACUUAUUUGCAAACUGAACCACCAAACACUUACAAACUGCUCUAAAAAUAAUUUUUUUCUCUUUUGCUGAAAUAUUUUUGUGAUGCUGAAUUCGCGUCUGAAUUAUGUCCUAGCUGGACCACCACCUUUUUUGAAGACUGUUUGAAGACUGUUUUUCUGAAGAGAUGUGAGCCUCUCCAGUUUCCCCGAAGUUCCCAAGUCACACCCUCAACUUUUGAGAACUGGCCAGAUUUGAAGUAAGGGAGUUGACUAUGAAUCCGCUACCUCCAAUCAUCUUUACUCUACAGGCAAUUUUUUUUUUCUUUAAUGACUUAACGUAACUUUUGACAGGGAAUGAUGUAUGCUGGCCAUAACAUCCCCUCCUGGUAUGCCUACGUGUGACUUACGACUAGCAGAACCUGUCAAGAGUCAAAUUUUCAAAGUGAGUCGCCGAGCGACUCUGGAACCAAAAUUCCAAGAAACGCUGAACUAAAUCACCAGGGGUCUGGUGUCUUUGUGUGGUCCAUCUGGGAAAUAGGCCACUUCGAGUGUGCAAGAGAUGGGCUAUGUCACACUCUGUGUAAUUAUUAUAAAAUACUGAUAAUUAUCCAUAAUGAAUUACAAUUUGGGCUUGUGGGCCAUUAGGGCGGUUAUAGUAGAAAGGGACAGGCGUUUCGGAAAAACCUGCUAAAAAGGUCUAUAUGGUGUCACAUACCAGAAUACGGAAAUCUUAUGGCUAUAUUAGGUUUUGGUGUAUCACAAGCAGCUCGAGCCCUACAAUUCGUGACAUGAAAUCGUCGUCUCGAAAUUCAUUGCGUUAGCUCGAUUUGUUAUGUCUAGAUUUACAUUUAUAUUUAUAUUUAUUUUCACUUCAUGGAUCCAAUCACCUCCCCGUAGGGCUGGAUAUAAAGCACAUCACACAAUACAAAUUCAUGAUGACUACACAUCAUACAUCCUUGGUCCAAUAAAAUAUAUAUUCAGUCCUCAUGAACAGAACACACAUACGCCACAAUAUAACCACUGUCACAUUCGACCCUGAACAAAAUCCCUCAUAUUUCCAACCAUAACUCUAUGUUGCACAAUUGCACAUCUUGCCAUUCCCCACACAUUGGCCAGCCAUAUCAUCAAUAAGAGUUUCAUUAUAACAUAUUAAAAUUCAUAACAAACACAAACAUACAUACGGCCACACUUAAAACAAGCAAGUCUGAAGCGUCUGAAGAGUCUGAACAACGUAUAAUACAAGCAGGCAGACCAUUUAUUAACUCUUAACAUUUGAGCCGCUUGCUUGCUGGUCUAGUUUCGUCUAGUUGUUGGUACAUUUAAGAUUCAGCUGUUAGGCAGCCUGUUCAAUUCAUUCCUUGCAUGCAGUAAAUAUGGCGGUCUAGAAGGUGUACAAGUUUGUACACGUGUUCGACCAUAAUUUAUAUCAGCUGCUAGCACU